CGCAGAGACUCGGAGAGCGCUCCCCGGCGGGUCCCCAACGCACUCGCCGCGCCCGGGCAGCGGCCCGACCCGGCUAGCAUGGGCGGCGCGGAGUGACGCCGCCGUGCCCGCUUGGCAUCAAGGACAUUCAGCCCGCGGGGGUGGGGACGAAGGGGGGCAACCCCGCGUCGCCGCCGCAGCCCCCGAGAGCCACCACUAUCGCUGCUCGGGCUUCGGGGCUGGGUGGAGGAAAGGGGUGCUUGGAAUCCAUCUACGUUUUCUGACCUUUUUGUUGGACAUUACGCCCACCUUGGACGCUGCAAGAGGAGCUGUCAAGCCCCGCGGGCUCUGGUUUGGCCCCCUCCGUUUUCCUCAGCUGCUCGUGGCUUCCCCGUGCCUCGGUGGAGUAUUUGCGUUCGGGGCUGGGGCUGGAGGAGGCAGCCACACGCGCGCACACGCACACGCUCAGAGGAGGGCGAGAGGCAGCGGUACAGGCACCAUCUGCAGUGUCAAUGCGGCGCUGGGGCUGAAGGAGGGACACCGCGCUUCCAGGGGAGACAGCCCUGCUGAGUCCUGGCCCUCCAAAAGAACGGUUUUACUGGAGUGCUGCUGUGUCAAGAGGACCUGUCUCUGAAAUGAAAGCCAUGCCCUGGAACUGGACUUGCCUGCUCUCCCACCUGCUGGUGGUAGGGAUGGGUUCCUCCAUGCUGCUUUCACGGCAGCCACCCCAGCUGUCUCAGAAGCGUUCAUUUGUCACAUUCCGUGGGGAGCCCACCGAAGGCUUCAAUCACCUUGUGGUAGAUGAAAGGACAGGGCACAUUUAUUUGGGGGCUGUCAAUAGGAUCUACAAACUCUCUAGUGACCUCAAGGUCUUGGUGACUCAUCAGACAGGGCCAGAUGAGGACAACCCCAAGUGUUAUCCACCCCGUAUUGUUCAGACUUGCAAUGAGCCUCUGGCCAGCACCAAUAAUGUCAACAAGAUGCUGCUUAUAGACUACAAAGAAAACAGGCUGAUUGCAUGCGGGAGCCUGUACCAGGGUAUCUGCAAGCUCCUGAGGCUAGAGGACCUCUUCAAGCUGGGGGAGCCCUUUCAUAAGAAGGAACAUUACCUCUCUGGGGUUAAUGAGAGUGGCUCUGUCUUUGGGGUGAUCGUCUCCUACAACAACUUGGAUGAUAAACUCUUUAUUGCCACCGCAGUGGAUGGCAAGCCUGAAUAUUUUCCUACUAUCUCCAGCCGGAAGCUGACUAAGAACUCUGAGGCAGAUGGCAUGUUUGCUUAUGUUUUCCAUGAUGAAUUUGUGGCCUCUAUGAUUAAGAUCCCUUCAGACACCUUCACAGUCAUCCCUGACUUUGACAUCUAUUAUGUCUAUGGUUUCAGCAGUGGCAACUUUGUCUACUUUUUGACACUUCAGCCAGAGAUGGUGUCUCCCCCAGGCUCCACAACGAAGGAGCAGGUGUACACAUCGAAGCUUGUGAGGCUUUGCAAAGAGGACACAGCCUUCAACUCCUACGUGGAGGUGCCUAUUGGCUGUGAGCGAAAUGGGGUGGAGUAUCGCUUGUUACAGGCUGCCUACCUGUCCAAAGCUGGUGCUGUGCUUGGCCGGACCCUGGGAGUCCGUCCAGAUGAUGACCUCCUCUUCACCGUCUUCUCCAAGGGCCAAAAGCGGAAGAUGAAAUCUCUGGAUGAGUCUGCCCUGUGCAUCUUCAUCUUGAAGCAGAUCAAUGACCGUAUUAAGGAGCGCCUGCAGUCCUGUUACAGGGGCGAGGGAACUCUAGAUCUGGCCUGGCUCAAGGUGAAGGACAUCCCUUGCAGCAGUGCGCUCCUAACCAUCGAUGACAACUUCUGUGGCCUGGAUAUGAAUGCCCCCCUGGGCGUGUCUGAAAUGGUACGUGGCAUUCCGGUCUUCACAGAAGACAGGGACCGCAUGACUUCUGUCAUCGCAUAUGUCUACAAGAAUCACUCUCUGGCCUUCGUGGGCACCAAAAGUGGCAAGCUAAAGAAGAUCCGGGUUGAUGGGCCCAAGGGCAAUGCCCUCCAAUAUGAGACUGUGCAGGUGGUAGACCCAGGACCAGUUCUCCGGGACAUGGCCUUUUCUAAGGACCACGAACAACUCUACAUCAUGUCAGAAAGGCAGCUUACCAGAGUUCCUGUGGAGUCCUGUGGGCAGUAUCGGAGCUGUGGCGAGUGUCUUGGCUCAGGCGACCCCCAUUGUGGCUGGUGUGUUCUCCACAACACGUGCACCCGGAAGGAAAGGUGUGAGCGCUCCAGGGAACCCCGAAGGUUUGCCUCAGAGAUGAAGCAGUGUGUUCGGCUGACAGUCCAUCCCAACAACAUCUCUGUCUCUCAAUACAAUGUGCUGCUGGUCCUAGAGACAUACAAUGUCCCGGAGCUGUCAGCAGGUGUCAACUGUACCUUUGAGGAUCUGUCAGAGAUGGAUGGGCUGGUAAUAGGCAAUCAGAUCCAAUGCUACUCCCCUGCAGCCAAGGAGGUGCCCAGGAUCAUCACAGAAAAUGGGGACCAUCAUGUUGUCCAGCUGCAACUCAAGUCAAAGGAGACUGGGAUGACCUUCGCCAGCACCAGCUUUGUCUUCUACAACUGCAGUGUCCACAAUUCAUGUUUGUCUUGUGUGGAGAGCCCCUACCGCUGCCACUGGUGUAAAUACCGGCAUGUUUGCACCCACGAUCCCAACACAUGCUCCUUCCAGGAAGGCCGAGUGAAGCUGCCCGAGGACUGCCCCCAGCUGCUGCGAGUGGACAAGAUCCUGGUACCAGUAGAGGUGAUCAAGCCCAUCACUCUGAAGGCUAAGAACCUCCCACAGCCUCAGUCGGGACAGCGAGGCUACGAGUGCAUCUUGAACAUCCAGGGCAGCGAGCAGAGGGUACCCGCCCUGCGCUUCAACAGCUCCAGUGUGCAGUGUCAGAACACUUCUUAUUCCUAUGAAGGAAUGGAGAUCAACAACCUGCCGGUGGAGUUGACAGUCGUGUGGAAUGGACACUUCAACAUUGACAACCCAGCCCAGAAUAAAGUUUACCUCUACAAGUGUGGGGCCAUGCGUGAGAGCUGUGGCCUAUGCCUCAAGGCUGACCCCGAUUUUGAGUGUGGCUGGUGUCAGAGCCCAGGCCAGUGCACCCUGCGCCAGCACUGCCCUGCUCAUGAGAGCCGGUGGCUGGAACUGUCAGGCGCCAACAGCAAGUGCACCAACCCUCGGAUCACAGAGAUCAUCCCAGUGACGGGCCCUCGGGAAGGGGGCACCAAGGUCACCAUCCGAGGGGAGAACCUGGGCCUGGAAUUCCGGGACAUCGCUUCGCAUGUCAAAGUGGCUGGUGUGGAAUGCAGCCCCUUAGUGGACGGCUACAUCCCUGCAGAACAGAUCGUGUGUGAGAUGGGAGAGGCCAAACCCAGCCAGCACGCAGGCUUUGUGGAGAUCUGUGUGGCUGUGUGUCGGCCUGAGUUCAUGGCUCGAUCCUCUCAGCUGUAUUACUUCAUGACCCUGACUCUCGCAGAUCUGAAGCCUAGCCGGGGACCCAUGUCUGGAGGUACACAGGUUACCAUCACAGGCACUAACUUGAAUGCAGGCAGCAAUGUGGUGGUGAUGUUUGGGAGCCAGCCCUGCCUCUUCCACAGGCGCUCUCCAUCCUACAUUAUCUGUAACACUACAUCCUCAGAUGAGGUGUUGGACAUGAAGGUGACUGUGCAGGUGGACAGGGCCAGGAUCCGCCAGGACCUGGUCUUUCAGUAUGUGGAGGACCCCACCAUCGUGCGUAUUGAGCCAGAGUGGAGCAUUGUCAGUGGGAACACACCUAUCGCUGUCUGGGGAACUCACCUGGACCUCAUACAGAACCCCCAGAUCCGUGCCAAGCAUGGAGGGAAAGAGCACAUCAAUAUCUGUGAGGUCCUGAAUGCUACUGAGAUGACCUGCCAGGCCCCAGCUCUUGCCCUGGAUCCUGACCACCAGUCAGAUCUCACCGAAAGACCUGAAGAAUUUGGUUUCAUCCUAGACAAUGUCCAGUCUCUGCUAAUUCUUAACAAGACCAACUUCACCUACUACCCUAACCCUGUGUUUGAAGCUUUCAGUCCCUCAGGAAUCCUGGAACUCAAGCCUGGUACUCCCAUUAUCCUAAAGGGCAAGAACCUGAUCCCACCUGUGGCUGGAGGCAAUGUGAAGCUGAACUACACUGUGCUUGUUGGGGAGAAACCAUGCACUGUGACAGUGUCAGAUGUACAGCUGCUCUGCGAGUCACCUAACCUCAUCGGCAGGCACAAAGUGAUGGCACGGGUGGGGGGCAUGGAGUAUUCCCCUGGGAUGGUGUACAUUGCCCCAGACAGCCCACUCAGCCUCCCUGCCAUCGUCAGCAUUGCAGUGGCUGGUGGCCUCCUCAUUAUCUUCAUUGUGGCAGUACUCAUCGCCUACAAACGCAAGUCCCGAGAAAGUGACCUCACGCUAAAACGGCUACAGAUGCAGAUGGACAACCUUGAGUCCCGUGUGGCCCUGGAGUGCAAGGAAGCUUUUGCAGAGCUUCAGACAGAUAUCCAUGAGCUGACCAGUGACCUAGAUGGAGCUGGGAUUCCCUUCCUGGACUACAGGACCUACACCAUGAGGGUGCUGUUCCCCGGGAUUGAAGACCACCCUGUGCUACGGGACCUUGAGGUCCCAGGCUACCGGCAAGAGCGUGUGGAGAAAGGACUGAAGCUCUUUGCCCAGCUCAUCAACAACAAGGUCUUUCUACUAUCUUUUAUCCGCACUCUUGAGUCUCAGCGCAGUUUUUCCAUGCGUGACAGAGGUAAUGUGGCCUCACUCAUAAUGACAGUACUUCAGAGCAAGCUAGAGUAUGCCACUGAUGUGCUGAAGCAGCUACUAGCUGACCUCAUUGAUAAGAACCUGGAGAGCAAGAACCACCCCAAGCUGCUGCUCAGGAGGACGGAGUCGGUGGCGGAGAAGAUGUUGACUAAUUGGUUUACUUUCCUCCUCUACAAAUUCCUCAAGGAGUGUGCUGGGGAGCCCCUCUUUUCCUUGUUCUGUGCCAUCAAGCAGCAGAUGGAGAAGGGCCCCAUCGAUGCCAUCACGGGAGAGGCCCGCUACUCCCUGAGUGAGGACAAGCUCAUUCGGCAGCAGAUCGAAUACAAGACCCUGGUUCUGAGCUGUGUCAGUCCAGAUAAUGCUAAUAGCCCAGAGAUCCCAGUGAAGAUCCUCAACUGUGACACCAUCACUCAGGUCAAGGAGAAGAUCCUAGAUGCCAUCUUCAAGAAUGUUCCAUGCUCACACCGGCCCAAAGCUGCAGACAUGGACCUGGAGUGGAGACAAGGAAGCGGGGCGAGGAUGAUCCUGCAGGAUGAAGAUAUCACCACCAAGAUCGAGAAUGACUGGAAGAGACUCAAUACAGUAGCCCACUACCAGGUUCCGGAUGGCUCUGUGGUGGCUUUAGUAUCCAAGCAAGUGACAGCCUAUAAUGCAGUGAACAACUCCACAGUCUCCAGGACUUCAGCAAGUAAAUAUGAAAACAUGAUCCGGUACACAGGCAGCCCAGACAGCCUCCGUUCCCGAACACCCAUGAUCACCCCUGACCUGGAAAGUGGGGUCAAGCUUUGGCAUCUGGUGAAGAAUCAUGAGCAUGGAGACCAGAAGGAGGGGGACCGGGGGAGCAAGAUGGUGUCUGAGAUCUAUCUGACACGACUACUGGCCACAAAGGGCACACUGCAGAAGUUUGUGGAUGACCUGUUCGAGACCAUCUUCAGUACAGCCCACCGUGGCUCUGCCUUGCCCCUAGCCAUCAAGUACAUGUUCGACUUCCUUGAUGAGCAGGCUGAUAAGCAUGGCAUCCAUGACCCGCACGUCCGCCAUACCUGGAAGAGCAACUGCCUGCCCCUGCGGUUUUGGGUGAACAUGAUCAAGAACCCUCAGUUUGUGUUUGACAUCCAUAAGAACAGCAUCACGGAUGCCUGUCUCUCUGUGGUGGCCCAGACCUUCAUGGAUUCUUGUUCCACAUCAGAGCACCGGCUGGGCAAGGACUCUCCGUCCAACAAGCUGCUUUAUGCCAAGGACAUUCCCAGCUACAAGAAUUGGGUGGAGAGGUAUUACUCAGACAUUGGGAAGAUGCCAGCGAUAAGUGACCAGGACAUGAAUGCAUAUCUGGCUGAGCAGUCACGGAUGCACAUGAAUGAGUUCAACACGAUGAGUGCGCUCUCAGAGAUAUUCUCCUAUGUGGGCAAAUAUAGUGAGGAGAUCCUUGGACCCCUGGACCAUGAUGACCAGUGUGGAAAGCAGAAACUGGCUUACAAACUAGAACAAGUCAUAACACUCAUGAGCUUAGACAGCUGAGAACUGUCCUUCCAGGGCCAUCCUGGAGGGAGGGACACACCAAGCCGUGCCUCAGUCUAGAUUAUCAUCUUUACCAAGUGCAAGUUCCGACAGGCAUCAGCAGCAACCCCCGAGCAGCGCAGUCUCUCCUUUUGUUUUUCUGCCUCUUCUGUCUCUCCCUCCUUCCAGAGUCCCAUCUCUUUCAGUUGCUCUGCCAGUGUGAUUGGACCACAUCUCUGACCCUCAGUCAGUCAAAGAAUGGCCAGGCCCAUGGUGAAGGACCUGCCCAGAAGAUCUCAGAGUGACACUCUUCCUCCCAGCUGCUCCUGGCCCCAUGCAGCAGCAGCAGGGCUCAAAUAAGGAUGAGGAGCUGAGAACAGAGAACUCUCCUAUGCUGCUAAUUCACCUUCUGCUUUGAGAAUCCCUACUGUGGUCCAAAACCUGGCUUUGGGAAGCAACUGUGAGCUCAGUAUUAUCUGAAGUAGGAGACAUCACUUGGAUAUCCCUUUCCACACACUCAACAACAAGGGAGUAGGCAGUGGGCCUGGGUGCUUUGUAACUGAGAUAAAGGCCUUGCCUCUUAUAGAUGUUAGAGUGGGGACCAGUAGAAGUUUCAAGACGCUCUCCCAGGGGCUGCUGCCUACCUGUUUGUUGUCCAGUAGCCUUCUGUCCCCUUCUAAUAUCCCGGGAGACCUUCCAAGUGUCCAUACAGACCUUCCUUCCCUUCCUGUGAAAAGUCAAACAGGGGAAAGCUAACAGUUACAUUCUACCAUAGAGAUGCUCCUACAUCAUCUAAUCUGGUUCCCAGUAGCAGAAAUGUAACAUGGAGAGAGAGAGAUAGAGAGAGAGAUAGAGAAAUCAUCUAUGCCAGAAGCAACACUUACUGCUCUCUAUUCACCCUCCCCAAGUUCAAAUAUGUCAUGACCAUAGUCAAAGGUCCAUUGCCAGAGCCUUGUGUGUUGUCUAGAGAAGGCUUCUCCAUGCUCCUUUGUCACCAUCACCAACGCUCACCGUGAACCGCAGAGCGCAUCUAGGAGAUUCUACCUCCAGCCGUCUCCGAGGCUCCAUCCUCAUUGUCUUUGAGAACUCCAUAGAAAGCCAGGGCAGAUAGCCCAGCCCUGCCCCUCCUGCAGAAUCUGGUACCAUUGCUAUGCAGAUGACUUUGUCACUGGACUGUCUAGACUUCUGUGGGAAUUAUUUCAUCAACAUCUCAACUGUCUCUUCAGUGGUUCUUCUUCACACCCUCUGAAGUCAUCAUUGGAAGAAAGAUUCUUAAGCACAGCCUCACCAAGACAAAACAAGAUGCUGUCCAGCCUCAGCCAAGAGCUUGUGCUUGGAAGGGACUGGAGAGCCAAGAGAGGAACCUGGCUGGAUGCAGAGAACAGUGCAUACCACUCACCAUGCCUUAGCAUCUAUGUUUUUCCAUCUUUUGAUAUGCCGAUUUGUUUUAGCCAGUCAAGCAAAUGUGUGCUCGGAAAUGUAACAUGUGGUUAUGAAAAGACGUGGUCUACUAGUGGGUCUUGGGAACCCAAAGUCUUGAAGGGAUCUUAGAUACUGAGUGAUCCAGUCUCCACUAUAAGCAAGAAUCUCUUUUGGCAGCUCUGGUUUGUUGUUGUCCAGUACUCAUGGAUACAAAAGAGGCAUUGGAGAAGGUGGUGUUAAUAGCAUUCCACAGUUUUGCCUUCCUUCACGCUCCAUGCAUCACUUGUCAUUUCUGUCCAUCACUAAAAUGAGCCUCUCACGGAAAAAGAGCUAUACCAUUUUAAGCAGAGUCCAUGUAAUAUCCUGUACCUUUAAGGACAUGAGCCCCUUUGCAUAUGAAAAAGCAGGGUUCAUGGAGGCACCUAGAAAUCAGCAGGAAACAUGGAAAGAUUUCUUGUCCCAUGUAGGAUGUUGAGACAGUUCCUUUCUGUGUCCCCUGGCUCAUCUGUCCAUUCUCCAGUGUCAGGAUAUUUCACUGAGUGUUAGUAUGUUCGGGAAGAACAUUUUUCUAUCCAUAGGAAAUCAGGAUGGUACCUGCCGGAGUUGAACUUUGGCAACCCAGAGCAGAAGGCCCCCAUGUGGCACUGAUGUGGACAGAUGGCAAAGACACACCGAUGUAGCAAACGGCAAGAGGAGGCUGGGAAAAGAUGCAUUGGACGUGUGGAGGAGUAAUGAAACAAAACAAAACAAAACAAAAAAGAAACCAAAGGUUUUUUUGGCCAAUCGAGUGCCAGGUGGAGACAUGUAGAAUUUCUAUCACUGAGUAUUGUUCUCUUCCAUGAAGUCACAGGAUGUGGCAGGCUUCAGGGUACAUGUUGAGGGAGCAACUCAGCUGUGAAGGAUUUUUUUUUCUUUUCUUUUUUUUUUUUUUGCACAUUUGAAGGGUUGGGAAGGAAGAGACACAAACCUAUUUAACACAGAUUUGCGAGAUGGAAGCUGUGUGUGUGAGUAGGUGCAUGGGUGAAUGUGCUUUGAUUUUUAAAUUAUGCACAGAGAAGAAUGAACAAGCAGCAAAAAGAGACUGUUAGCGUGGCUUUGCUGACGCUUUUUUUUUUUACUGGAUUAUUUUAUUGUUAUUAUUAUUUUGUCGGUACAGAUUUUUUUCUUUUCUUUUUUUGUUACAAGCAAAACUUCAAACACCUCAGAGAAGUACACAUAUCAGGAAAAAAGAAGCAAGAACAGUCAAGUUUCCCAGGUCUCCUCAGUUCUCUUGAGGGGGGCUUUGGGCAUUUUACUUUAGUUGGUGGUAUAGGUUAUUUAUGGCACUUUGUAGGCAGUCCGGGUGGCCUGCUAGGGGGAGUCAGAAAUUGAGGCCCAUCUUGCCUGUAAAAAUCUUCCCUUUUGUUGUUUCUUUCUUGUUUGUUUACUUUCCUCCAUUUGAGUUUUUUGGUGCACGUGUGAAACAUUUAAAAGCAAGGCUAGGUGAUGUCAUCCAAAAUCUGUCAAUUCUGCCUCUACUCCUUUCCAACUUCCCCUUAGGAUUCUUUAGGUCCUCUCAGCAGCCAGAGACCCUGAUGGGCUGUGCACUCCCAGAGAACCAAGUCAGAGAAAUUAGGUCAUGUGUUACUGGGGUGCCUCACCCUCUGUCCGGAUUUGUUUGCAGGGAGUUGCAGAUCUGUUGAAGAUGGAACCUUUAUUUAUCUCCUAGAAUUUAUUCAGAGGGUGGGGAGUAGGGGAGAGUCUCUCUCAUCUGGGAUCACCUCACCUCUGCAUCUUCCUGUUCCUGACACCAUUGGUCAAAAUGGUACUGAUCACAUACGCACAAUGACUGGCCAAGUGAGGAUUUGAAUCUUGAAGGGAGAUUAGCAGGGAGCAGGGAGCUGAUGGGGUCCUGAAUGUAGAAGAAAAUGUAGAAGAAACCAAGGAAGGUAUCUGUAGGUCGUUUACUUCUCUGUGGAAUACAUCUCUUCAGGUGUGGACAUGCCUUUGUCCUUCCCCGUACUGAGACGCCCUAAUGUUCUUAGUGCCAUGGAGUCAAGCUUUUGUGUCAGUUGCUUCCUCAGGAAAAUACUUUCUUGCCUUCUUCUUUCAAUAUAGUUUUAAACUUGGGGACAGAGGAUAAACAGAGAAUCACCCAGACCAAGGUACUUUGAAACCCUGUGCAACAUGUGUGGCCAGAGGCAGCCCCUGGAACUUCCAUGCUGGGAGUCCGCAGCCCUGGAGUGAGCUUGGGGUACCUGAGUGGUGCCACAUUUGGAAAGAGAAAUACUUUUAAUGAAUAUUGCAGCUCAAGGCAAAGUACUUCCAAGGAAGCAGGAGUUGCUGACAAAGUCUGUGCUCUUGGGCUCAACUCCUGUUCCCACUGGGUCCACUACCCCGCCAUUCCAUCCCUAAGGUCUACACCCACCCCAGUGCAUGUCUAUCUGCUGACUGUGCCACCCCCGGGCAGCUAGCUUCCUCCCUGUUCUUCCUUGAACCUCCUGUACAGGGAACUGCCCCAAAGCCAAGUAUUGAUUUUAAUACAGGAGUUGCUCAGUACUUUAGUCCAUUAGCAUUGGGUGCUGUCCCAACCCAGCUCUGACUGCUUCCCUGAGUAACAGGGUCUCCCUACUCCAGCUAACACCCCGUGGGUCUUCCACUAGAGGAGCCACAAGCAAUGGCAUCCCAAAUGAUCUCUAAGAUGCAAUGCUCUGCCACAUUCUCUAAGACCCAGGGUAAUGCUGCUAUGGUCCAUCCUGGUUUGAGCGCCUCUCAUUUUGAUAUAAAUAGGAGAACCUCUUUUCUGUCUUUUAUCCUAGGGCUCUCUGCCUUUAACUUCACCAGACAGCAAGUAAAUGCUUCAUCUUGAGAAAGGCCAAUACCCCUGUAAUCAGGAACAAAUUUCCCCUCUUCCUCACAGAGAACCCCACAAACCAAGAGAUGACUGACAUAGGAAGUACUCAGCAGUUGGAAGACUCAGAGGCACUUAACUUACAUCCCUUCCAAGGUCAGCUCCCCGGGACUGUUACGGCAGGCUCCUAAAGGAAGCUUGAGUUGGGGCUCAGGGGUAUUGCUGAGUGAACCAAGGUAACCUGGUCCAGGUAGCUGGCUUUCCUAGCUCCUCCCUGGACUCAUUUCCAUGUUCUUCACCCACAUCAAGGGUCUUCUCCCACCCUUUCAGGAUAGAAGGACUCUGACUGUACCACCCUUCUCUUUGGGGAAAAAAAAAGAUGUGGGCUAUUUCAUUGGGGUUUUGUAGUCCUUUAGUUUGGGGCUCCAUAUUUUAAAAAUUUGAAAGUAAUGAGAGAGUCUGGGUGAGGACAAAAAUGUCUGAGUGGAAAAGUUAAGCAGAAUUCUUAAAUUCUUCCAGUGACUAAAGUGGAGAGCUUAAAGGCAUGAGUGAGGAAGCCUCCCUAUGAGUAAAGGGCCCAGAAAUACCCUCAUGUUAACUGUGAGCAUUCCAGAGGAAGCAUCCUCAUGACUGCUACUACCCUCAUGCUUCCCCUGACCUUUCCUUAGAGCUUGGUCCUUUCAUCUCUGGCUGGCUUCCCCUAGGGCAUUUUGCAUAAAAGCAGCUCAGGCUUCAUUCUUACAAGUAAACAGCUGAGGUACCAGGUACCUCAUUGUAGGUAAAGGGGCAGCACCUGAGAAAGAGACUGGGACCUUGUAAGCUUCCCCGGUGCUCUGAGUGGCCACACCCUUCUCCCAUUUAGAAAGUGAUCACUGAAAGAAACAUUUCAAAUACUAGGAGAGACUUUUUUUGUUGUUGUUUCACUACAGAUCAUUGCUCUUCAAUAAUAUUGCUUUUUAUUAGAGGGAACAUCCAAGUUAAGAAAAAAUGUUUAAGUCUUUCAGUUGUAAAGACAGAAUGUCUUCAUUAGCAUCCCGUUGGAAUCCCUUGAGUAGACUGAUGGCUAGCUGAAAGCUGAGCAGAACAAACAAUUCCCAAGGAGUGAAGAGAAUAUCAUGUUCUAGCUCCUGCCAGAGAUGGCAAGGGCUCUAUGUGGUGGGUUUUUGGUUGGGGAGUCUCACAUCCCUUCUCCCUUUUCCUUGGACUCCUAUCUAGUCCUGUCUCUCUGAGCUGCCCCUGGAAUUUUGAAUCCUUUGUAUUUCUUCUCAGCUUCUUUCAAAUUUCACUGAAGCUCAGUUUGGGGGACCCAAGGUUCCUAUUUCCAGGAACACAAAAAUAAGUCGACAGUCAAUCAGCCAGUUUCUGCUUCUUCUGCCCCUUUCUUUUGUUUAUAUCUUUAACGUUAAGACUCAAGCACACAUUGAAAGGGCUCCCUUGUGAGAGUGGAGUUCAAAACAGAGGAUACAGUUAAACAGUACCCCCAAGACACUAUGAAGCAGAGACCACUUCAGCAAACAGAGCUGAGGAACAUUCCCACACAGAGAUCAUACUAGCAAGAGGUGAAGAUGGGUUGUGUCCUCAUUUACCCUUCUGUUUCUUCCCCGGCAUUCUUGUCAGCUUGUUGGCUUAUUAAACCUCCUGUUCUUUAAAAAUAAAAGCUAGUUUACCUCAAAGAAUCUUGUUUCCAUUUGGAAACCAAUGACAUGGCUUGAGAAUGGAUGACCCUCCCCAUACCUCUCCCUGCCUGGUCCUGGUGUCCUCAGGGUAUGUGGUCUUAGCUUAGACCUGAGUUAGCUGCUCUGAGCUGGAACCAGGUCCCAAGCCCUGAGAUGGGAAGGAAGGGUUGAAUGCACCCUUCCUCUCCACUUAGCAGAUAGGGAACAGCCUCUGUCUCUUCCAGCAGAGUCCUGUCAAGUUACCAUAGCAACCAGCAACUCCAGCUACCACAAAAGACAAUGGCUUCAAGAGCUGAGGUGUGGGAGAGGGCAAGGGGUUUCUGGCCUGGUCAGAGGGCUCAGAAUUAAGCCCCAAAUGCUGGGAGGGCAAAGAAAAACGGGAAAUAGAAUGGAUGCAUGAAUGGGUUAAGAAACUGCAGAGGCCUUGGUGAGUCUGAAAGAGAGGCCCCUGAAGAGGUAGGACAGAUCAUUUCUGUUCUCCUCACCACUUACCCCUUUCCAGCCUGCCCCACUUUUGUCCCCAAACUCUCACCUUGAAUACUGACCCUUCGAAAAAAGAAGGCAGACUAUACCUUUAGACAACAGUGUUACCCUGAGCCUCAAGGACAGGUAGGUGGGGUCUCUGAAAACAAGAGGGUCUUCUGGUUUUGAUUUUUAAAGAAGAAUAACCUAGUGAGAUUAAAAAAAAAUAAAGAUUUAAAAAAGUUUUUAAAAGAAAACCUAUGCUAUUUAAAUUGGAGCCCAGUUGUAACUUGGUAAAGGCAAGCUUCUGUACCUUUCUUAUAAUUAAUUGUAUACCUGUGUAUGUAAAUAUAAGGCAUUCCUAUUUUGCAGUUCAGAACAAAAAAACUAUUUGUAAUAUAGAAUAAAGUUUAUUAAAAAAUAAUAAAAAUGCAGUUUGAGA